ACUAUUGAAAAUGUUCACUAACAAAGAAUCCGGAAGGUUUUUAACUUUAGAUUUAUUGCUCUAAACAAUUCUAAAACGAAGAUAUGUAUAUGGGAAAAAUACUGUACCUUUUACUUAACUUUCUCCUUCACCUUAACUCAUCUUUAGGUAGGUAACAGAGAGAAUUGUUUUUUUAUUGACCUUCCGUUUUGAACUAAUGGUUUAUUUUUUUUUAUUAAUAAAGAGAUCAGCAGUAAAAACUGCCUUAGUUUAAAUGAAGGAAAAAUUAUUGGCCAUUAUUGCUAUUUUCUAUCAAAUUCUACAAUAUACAGCAAGCGUCAUAAUAAUACGGAAGGAGAGUUUGUUGAUCCGUGCCAUUCUAACGCUAAUUCUUUUACUACUGACCUAUGGUGUAACUUUUCACCUGUUAAUAAUUUUGUAAACUAUUCAACAAUCAUUGGUAAAUACUAUAAGUCUAUUAUUAAUUAUCUUAUAAGAGAAAUAAUCCGAACGAUGAACAGGUGAUGGGAAGGUUGGAGAACCAGUUUUAGAUCCUGACUUAGGAUGUUUCACUGAUUCUAGUAUAAAACCUAUUCUACCUACAAAAAUGCCUAUAAAAAGUAACUAUGUAACAAGAACAUUUUGUCAGGACUAUUGCGGUAUCUAUAAUAAUGGUAAUGGAUUUAAAUAUUCUGGAAUUCAAUUUGAUGGGGUAAUAUUUUUUAUUAAUAUAAUAUUAAUAAUAAUAUUUCUAUCAAAAUAAAUUCACUAAAUCAAGUUUACAUUUGAAACAAAAUGCAGUCGGAUAACAUUUGUUUUUGCGGAGAUCAGCUUGGCGAAUGGACACGUUCGGAACUGUGUACGACCAAGUGUCACGAUGGAUCAAAUUGUGGAGGGAAUAAUGCCAUUUUCAUAUCCGAAGUAACCUUAACAACUUGGAAAUGGAAUGAACCAAAAUCGUUUAGUUGCGUUUACGCUAAAUCUUCAUCUCUUGAAUUAGUAUCCAGUUCUUGCGAUGAGCUAAAAUCCUACGUGUGUAAAGAUGCUGAAAAUAACUUCUACUUUGAAGCAAAAAAUGUAACGGCCUUUGAAGCGAUGAAAGAAUGCAAUAAAACAUCCAGGACUUUGGCAUACUUUACAGAUGCCUUGAAAAAAGGAGACUUAAAAGAUAAAGUGAAAAAUGAUGCUUGGUUGGCGUAUACCAAUCUUAGAUGGAUGGACGGAGAAGAAAAAAUAACUAUAAGUUCAAGUUGGUCAACAAAAGCUAAAUGUAGCUCGCUCGAUAAUAUGAAUUAUAUCAUAUAUACACCAAAUGGAUGGGAUUGUGCAAAGGCUUCCGAUGAAUAUCCCACUCUAAGACGCAUAGCGAUUGAUGAUUCGCAAGAAACAAUACCAGAACUCGGAGCGUCGAAUUCAAAAGAAAAAACAUCAACUAUUAUAAUCGCUGUUGUUUGCCUUGUUGUCGGGAUUGGCCUAAUUACUGUAGUAAGUUUCCUAUUCCUUCGUGGUAAAAGAAAAGAAAAUUCACAUUAUAAAAGGGAUAAUAACUCAAAAGAUAAUUUUGAAAAGGCGUAA